AGCCUAGAAAAUGAAGCUAAAGGAAGUUGAGCGAACAGCUGUCCAGACAUGGAGUCCAGCAAGCAACCACCCCAUUUAUCUAGCAACAGGAACAUCUGCCCAACAACUGGAUGCAUCCUUCAGUACAAAUGCCACUUUGGAAAUAUUCGAGGUUGACUUUAGGGAUCCCUCUCUGGACAUGAAGCAGAAAGGAACACUUCCUGCCUCAAACAGGUUUCAUAAGCUGAUCUGGGGUAACUUUGGAAAUGGGUCCCCAGAGUCCUCUGGAGUUAUUGUUGGUGGAGGGGAUAAUGGUGUACUGACAAUGUACAGUGUACACCGCAUCUUGGCUUCAAAGAGUGAGCCUGUAAUUGGGCAGACAGAGAAGCAUUCAGGUCCUGUUCGAGCUCUUGACUUCAAUCCUUUCCAGAGUAACCUCUUGGCUUCUGGAGCCAGUGAUUCUGAAAUUUUCAUCUGGGACUUGAAUAACUUCAGUGUGCCUAUGACUCCAGGGGCUAAAUCACAGCCUCAUGAAGACAUCAGUGUGGUGUCCUGGAAUCGACAGGUGCAGCAUAUCCUGUCUUCUGCUCACCCCAGCGGCAAGGCUGUGGUUUGGGACCUCAGGAAGAAUGAGCCUAUCAUCAAAGUCAGUGACCACAGCAACAGAAUGCAUUGCUCAGGAAUGGCCUGGCAUCCAGAAGUUGCAACCCAGCUAGUCCUUUCCUCUGAGGACGACCGCUUGCCAGUGAUCCAAAUAUGGGACUUACGAUUUGCUACCUCUCCUUUGAGCCAGCUGGAAGGGCACACGAGGGGAGUUCUCUCUGUCUCUUGGUGCCAGGCUGACCCUGAACUGCUGUUGAGUAGCGCCAAAGACAACCGGAUCUUGUGCUGGAACCCAAGUAUGGCAGAGGUGGUUUACGAGUUGCCCAUUCGGAGUCAGUGGUGCUUUGAUGUCCAGUGGUGUCCUAGGAAUCCUUCAGUCUUCUCAGCUGCCACUUUCGAUGGGUGGAUCAACAUUUAUUCUGUUAUGGGUGGGAACUUAGAAGCUCAGCAGAAGACGCAGGCUGACAAGAUCUCUUCCUCCUUCAACAACCUGGAUCCCUUUGGCACAGGGCAGAUCCUUCCUCCUCUGCAGGUGCCAGAGCAAGUGGCUCAGACCACCUUGAUUCCACCAUUAAAAAAGCCACCCAAGUGGAUUCGCAGACCUGUGGGGGUUUCAUUUGCAUUUGGAGGAAAACUUAUUUCCUUUGGUCUUACCAAAGCUCCUGGACAGCAAAUGCAGCAGACUUGCCCACACCAGGUAUUCAUCAGUCAAGUCACUACUGAAACCGAAUUUCUGCUUCGAUCCAAAGAACUGCAGAUGGCCUUACAGUCAGGGAACCUCGUUGAUUACUGCCAGGGCAAGAUCCAGACAGCCAAGUUGCCAUUUGAUGAAAACCUUUGGAACUUCCUGAAGGUGAAUCUGGAGCAGGAGUCCAGGACUAAACUCCUCAAGCUGCUGGGCUACAGUGAAGAGGAUCUGAAAAAAAAGAUUGCCUCAUGUUUGAGUAAUGGGAUCCCAGAUAAACAGCCUCUUGGCGAGGCAGAUGAGACAAAUACUGCACAGCCAAAUCAGCUUUUGAUAAAUUCCAGUGAUGAUGUAGCUGCUGUUUCCUCCUCUUCAGCCUUUUUUGACAGCCUCAUCCCACAGAAUAUGAGCACAUUGGAGAUUCCUGUCACAGAAGAUACAGAUGGACUCAUCAGCCAAGCCCUUUUGUUGGGGAAUUUUGAGGGUGCAGUGGAGCUGUGCAUGCGGGCAGAGCGCUUUGCUGAUGCCAUCAUCUUGGCUAUAGCUGGUGGGGAGAACCUCCUAAAGGAAACCCAGACGCGAUACUUUGCCAAGCGUAAGACAAAACUCUCCCUACUGCUUUCCUCCAUUGUUCAACAGAACUGGCAAGAUAUUGUUUGCACAUGUGAUCUACAGAACUGGAAGGAGGCACUGGCCAUCUUGUUAACAUACUCAAAGCAUGAGGACUAUACCCAGCUCUGUGACAUGCUGGGUGCCCGUCUAGAGUCAGAGGGAGAUGCAACCCUGUCCAAUGAUGCCUGCCUCUGCUAUAUCUCAUCAGGCAAUGUGGAGAGGUUGGUGGAAUGCUGGGUAAAAAACCACGAGACUUCAUCACCCCUUGCCCUGCAGGAUCUUGUAGAGAAGGUGAUGGUGCUGAGCAGGUCCAUUGAAAUGCUCCGAGGCACGGCAGUACCAGCGCCAGGCCCUGUCUUGGCAGAACGAAUCACCCAAUAUGCCAGUCUUCUGGCAUCACAAGGAUGCUUGGCAGCCGCGAUGAAUUACCUACCCAGCAGCUCUAAAGAGCUCCUGAUCGAACAGCUCCGAGACCGGCUUUUCCAUGCUCGAGGAGAGAAUGUGGGUGAACAGCGAUUUCCCUACACUCAUGUCAAUGUAGGUGUCAUUAAACACACAUCUCCAGCAGCCAAGGGUGGUUCCACCCCUGAAGGAGCAGCCCGCAAAACAGGUCCUAGACAUCCAGAGAAGCUCAACUGUCAGUCAUCAUUUGCCCCUUCAGCACCUUCUCAGCCUUCAGUGCCUUCCUUCUUCACGCCUCAGCCAGUGCCAGCGAUGUCUAUGACACCUCACCACAUUGCCCCUCCCCAGGCCAGCACGGGUCCACAAACAAGUGUCUAUUCCAGAGGGCCUCCAUUCCCACAGUACAACUUGGGCUUGGUUCCACCAACCGUUUCAGGGCCAGCUGUGUCACAGUCUCAGACAUUUGGACCAGUGGGAGUCAGACCUGUUGGUCCUGCUCCCUUCCCCAGCCAGCCUUCUCUGCCAGGACAGUCCAUGCCCAUGUCGUCUCCUGGUAUUCCACCACCUGGACCUACCCUCUUCACUCCAGCCUCAGUUCCAUCAUCUCAACUUCCUGCAGCUUGUCCUCUUCCUGUGGCUAGCCAGCCUCCUCUAGGUUUUUCUUCAGCACCUUUCAACUGUCCCAUGAACAUCAGUUACCCUCAAGGAGGUCCUGGAGCUCCAUCUGCUAAGACCCUGCCGGCAGCCAGCAUUCCUCCUCCUCCCACAGCUCAGGAAUCUUGGACUGAUCCAUCUACUGUAAGAGGAGGCCUUCAAAAGAAAAAGUUGCCGGAGAAAUUUACUCCUCCAGCCCCCAUCACAGCUCCAGUAAUGAGUCUGCCUGCUGAUCCCCAAGGGGUCCAUCCUCAGCUGUCCAGAUUGCAAGAAUCUGGCCAGUCACCCCCAGGAGCACCCAAGGAAGGCAGCCUGCAGUAUCACCAGCUACCCCUGGAGAGGGUUGAGAGGAAGGAGGUGCCCCCUGAGCACCAGGCUCUGAAGGCCACGUUUGAAGGGCUGGUGCAACGCUGCUCUGCUGUCGCCACUGAUCCAAAAACCCGAAGGAAGCUGGAGGAUGCGUUGCAGCGGCUGGAGUGUUUGUAUGAGAAGCUCCGUGAGCAGGUGCUCUCUCCAACCAUCCUCAUGGGUCUCCAUGAAAUUGCCCGCUGCAUUGAGGCUAGAAACUACCAACAGGGUCUCCUGGUUCACACCCAAGUGGUGAGCAGCAGCAGUUUCAGUGAGGUGUCUGGUUUCAUGCCCAUCCUGAAAGUUCUCAUGACCAUUGCUGGCAAGCUGAAUGUGUAAAGUGUGGAGCAGCUGGAACAGUGCACACUGAGAGCUGGUGGACUUGCUCACCUGUUGAUGUGCUGCAGGUUGUGGACUCUUCUUCUGACUCUGGAGAAAUAAGUCUGCUAGUGCUUGGAACUGUGCUGGGCCAGCACACAUGGCCCCAUCCACUUUCCGGACAGCCAAGUGGGGCCUGGGACUCCUGGAGAUUGUUCUUUCCCUUCUUUCUCACUAGUCUGAGGCUGCUUCCCAGCCCAGGGAUCUCAAUUUCAGGCUGUCUAGGUUGCACAGAAAUCCCUCCUCUUCCCUGGCACAAAGGAGAAACUCCUUCCCACCUAGGCUGAUGUUUCUUUUUUUUUUUU